UGCACCUUUCCCAAGUCACUACCCUCGCAUCCUUCCAUGUCAAGGCCUUCGCCGCAGGUGCAUCGCUCUACGGGCGGCUACUCACAACAGCAGCAGUACCGUUCAGCGCAACAGCACCCGCAGCAUUAUCCGCCUCGUCGCCUCGAUGAUGGCACAGAGCCAAGCUACCUCACGCCGCCUGGCCCCUGCAAUCGUCUUCUCCUCGCUCUCCUGUCCCCCUUUCGCGAGGAGAUUGCAUGGUCCCUCUCACGCCUCAUCCACGCAUCCAACUUCCACCCGCACCACCUCAUCCUCUCAGAGUGGUGUGGGCUGGCAGACCGGCUGAUCAGCUUCGUCGAUCGCUUCAACAAGGCAGCACGAGGAAGGCCAGGCUGGGAGACAGAUGAGGAGGAAAGCGUUCUUCGACAGUAUGACCAUUUCGAAGAUGAGGACGACGAGGAAGGCGACGAGGAGAGCCAGGGAGCAGUCGUCCUCGCGCAGCAGCCCACCGUCUUCGACCCACGCCGCAACCCUUCACACUACUUCAUCCUCAACGCGGCCGUGUCCGCAUCUCUCAUCCUGCGCAACUGCUCAGAAACAUCAUCAAACGCCGAAUGGAUCUCCAAGCUACACGACGUUGCCCGCGUAGCCUACGAGAUCAUCGCCCUCCCUGAGGACCUCUUCGGCUUCGAGGAUGGCACGGACUUGAAGGAGGGGGGAGAGGUGGAAGAGCAGAUGCGCUUGGAGGGCGUCAGAGAGAUGAGACUCUACUGGGCGGAAAUCGCUCAGACCUUGGCGCCCAGGAUAAGGGUGUACCAUCGUGCGGAGCUAGCUAGAUUCGCGGAUGGAUCGGUCAAGAGGAUGCCCGGCGCGAUGAUCGCCGCUUCGUCAGGCACGAUUGAUGACACCGAAGCCUCGCCUCGCCAUUUGCACUCUUCGGACCGCCUCUACGCGCACAUGGUCCUCCUACUGCACACCACCUCUGACCGUGCUCUUCUCCUCGCCUCUCUCCGCUUCCUCGCUAUCCUCAUCUCCGCCUCAUCAAAGACAAAGCAGGAGAUCUUCGUAGAGCGUGCAGUUGAUGUGGACACUGGAGGGAUGAGCCCUGGCAUCGUCUCGCGCUGCAAGGAGCUCCUGCCCCUGUACGACCUCGACGAGCAGCUCGCCGAGACUCUCAUGGACUGCUUGGCCGCAACGGUUGAUGUGGUGGUGGAGAAGCCCAACCCCAAAGCAUCGAAGGCGUCGGACCAGGCCGCGGCCGGCGUGCUCGGGCUCGAAGUCGACGACGAGGAGCCUGAACUCCGUCGCGAGUGGCCAAAUGCCCUCAAGCUCAUCUCGCCCGGAGACAGCAGCUCCAGCCGCGCACAGCUUCCCUCUCAGCCCACUGCAACUAUCCUCUCCCGCAUGCUCGGCAUCAACACCACCUCUUGGGAUCGCACUACGAAGCUACAGCCUCACCCGCACCAGCAGCACGUCCUCCGCUACAUACCCAACCGCGCCACGCACGAGCGCGAGAUCGUCGCACGGGCUGACCGCACAAAUGCGGACGCUAAAGCACGCUGGCGCCGCCUGCGGGAGAUGAAGGCUGAAGGUGGGCUGGUUGAAUACACAACGGCUUCGGAGAAGAUGGCACUGGCAAAGAUGAAGGAGCCGGACCGCGUACAGGAGUGGUUGAAGAUGGUCACGAAACUCGUGCCCAAUCCACCAGCGGAGACGGGCGCGUACAUUACGCAGAUGCAAAUCUGGACGAGCUAUCGCGAUACAUUUGAGCCGCUCGUCAAUGGGAGUCAGAGAAGCGGCGGUGAACCUUUGCCGCCGCUGAUGGCAGCUGCCGACGUCAUUUCGAGCGUGACGGCCUAUUUGCCAGGCACGCAGGCCAUCCUUCGACCCGAGGAGGAUGUGCGAGUUGGGGGACAGAAGUUCAUCAUUUCGGGCUUGGAGGGGAAUCUGCGCCCUGAGGUCAGACGAUACAACUGUCAAUGGCGGGGAUGUCCGCAGCCUGCUACUGAUACGAGGGAGGGGCAGGGAAGCCAUAUUGACGCGCAUGUUAGGCACGCAGUUGGUGCAGGCCAGGGCAGAGAGGGUUGUCGGUGGGCGACGUGCGAUUACAAGUUGCCUGGAGGAAGGGUGGAGAGAGGGGACAAGGCGAUGACGCUUGCAGGACAUGUGAGGACGCAUCUGCCUCAGCAAGAGAGCGCAGCAGCGGCAACGAACAAGGCAGAAUCCAGCACUGCUCCUGCGAGCCUCGAAACAGGCUCGGGCCGCCAGGUGACUCUGAAGCGCAACGCCUCGUCCACCUCUACCGACGUCUCAACCCCUUCAGCCCCGCAAACGCACCACCUCCAACCAGACGGGAUCCACGCACGCUCUGCCUCUCGCCCGUCACGCGGCACAAUCGAGCGACAACUCACCAUCGACUACAAAGUGUAUCGCACCCCCUUUGACCCCUUACGCAAUGAGGCGCAUGGUAUUGCGGCGAACGCAGCGCGCAUUUUCCUUGCAGCAAGCAACAUGUGUAGGGUAGUGUUGGGUGAGGGAGACGAUGCUGACGAGGAGGAGAGUGAUGAAGAGGCAGAGGGAAGUGAGGAAGAGGGUGAGGGAGGAGCAGGCGGUCCGAAGGGAGGCAAAGGUGUCAAGCGCGUAAAGCUCGACUUUACGGAUCGACAACAGCAAGCCAAGUUCGGUAUGCCAUUUGUCCUUCCCAAGAACUUCCAGGCUACCGUCGCAGCGGCGGUUGCCGCCCAGGCUCAAGCCGAGGACGAGGCCGCUGCAGGUGAGGGGGACGCAAGCAUGGCGGACGCCGCCAGUAUCGCCCUCGGCCCUGGGCAAGGAUCGACCACGUUGGCAGCUCAGUCCCAAGUGGAGCUUCGCAGCGAAGCUCAGGCCGCUCUAGGUGAGCUGCAGGCCGUUGAGGACCAGCUGCUAGGCUGGGCCGGGUGCAAUGACAUUCUGGCGAAGGAUCUGCUCGAGACGCUGGAUAAUGUGGCACGGACGAGACGUGCGCGAGUGAAGGGCAAGGGGCCGACGCAGAGGGUUGGGAGAUAGAGAUGGAGGGAGCUGAGCUGUCAAUACUAGAUCCGCUUGUCAUCCCUGUCAUGAUUGUGCACGAGCUACGAGUGGUCGAUCGACUUAACGAUGUGAUGAG